CAGGGUAGUUUCCUUCAGCUUGAAAGGGAAAAGAUAAGAACACAGCCUGCCCUCCUAGUUUGAAGGGGCGGGAAGGUGAGCAAGGGUGAAAGGGGAAGGAAGCAGAAACAGCACAUACAGCACAGAAGAGGGGAGACAGUCCAGGCUACAGCAGGAAGGCAGGUUGUCCUUCCCUCAAACUUCAGAUUUAUCUUUCAUUACCUGGAUAUUUGCUUGGGUGAGGGAAAAAGCACACCAUGAUGGCGAACAAGGAAGUAACAUGGUUUAUACUCAGUGCAGUUGUGGCAGCUGCUCACGCCCUCUCUGUAAACACACCUCAGAAGCAAGUGAAAGUGAAGAAAGGAGAUAAUAUCACCCUACCGUGUACCUACGAAAGCUCUGUUGUUACUCCAGCUAAGGGGGACGUUGUUGCUUGGAUGAAAAUGCCAGAAGAGGCAGAAUUUAUUAACCGGUACCUUGAUGAUGGUGGAACAUGGAUUAGUGGUGCUUAUAAAGAUCGGGUGAACUUCUCUAGCAAUACAAAUAAUCAUGACAUUGGCAUCAUCCUCAGUCAGGUGAACUUGAAUGACAAUGGUACCUAUGAAUGCUCAGUCCGUCUUCGCGAUGAUCCUCCCUUGACACAUUCAACAAUGGAACUUUUGGUCCUUGUGGCUCCAUCCAAGCCAGACUGCAAAAUUAUAGGGACCACAGAAUACGGACAAAACAUUAACUUGACCUGCAAUUCUAUCGAAGGAUUCCCCAAACCCGAAUAUUCCUGGCAAAGCUACAAUCCAGAAAACAAACAACGAGUACUCGUAGGAACAGUAACCCCAGGAGUGCUUAUGCUGAAGAACAUCUCUAUAGACAACACUGGCUACUACAUCUGCCUUGCCAAAAACUCUAUCGGAGAGAGUUCAUGCAACAUCACUGUUAAUGUCACACCACCAUCCAUGAAUUUUGCCCUACUUGGUGGAGUCGUUGGUGGGCUUGUUGCUGUUGUCAUUAUUAUUGCCAUUGUGGCUUACUGUUGUUGCUGCAAAAGUGGGAAGGACAAAGACUAUGAGAUGACGGAGACAGAAAAUGGCGAUUAUCCACCUGAGGUAAAAAUACGGGGACCUGCUGAAGAGGAGAUUCAGGACGAGGAGGAAGAAGAGGAAGACAGGCACCACCCAGUACGGCCACCCAUUUCCAGAGUGUCUCCAGAGGUUUAAGAAGCUGUGGCCCAGAGAUGAGCAUUUCCAUUUGAGGGAGAGAGAAAAAAAAAGACUGUUGUUAAAUAUUUCUCUUUCACCUUAACUCAUGUGGCUUUCCAAGACAGUAUAGGCAGCAAGUUUGUGGAGGCAAAAUCUGACUUGUUUCCUUAUAUGCAUUUGGUGCAUAUCUACUCAUAAGCUCCUUUCCCAUUUGCCCAUCAGAGUUGCCUUAAAAUGGAAAAGGAAGGGGGACUCCAGGACAACCGAUAUAUUGCCAAAUUGACAAUAUACACUCCAUUCAAGUUUUCACGUGGUGCGAUUUGAAUUAUUGUGAACUGACACUUUCCAGUAUAUAGGAAAACAGGGAUAUCUUUUAUUUCACUUUUCAUUAUGUAGGCCACUGCGAUGCAAGAAACCCAGAGCCUUUAGAUGAGCAGUUUAAUACACCAGCUGUUACUUAUUUGUUGUGCAGCAUCUACAUAACACCCAUUAUAACUGUGUUGCUAUUAUCGGAAUAUUAUACAGUGGUACCUCAGGUUACAUACACUUCAGGUUACAGACUCUGCUAACCCAGAAAUAGUGCUUCAGGUUAAGAACUUUGCUUCAGGAUGAGAACAGAAAUCGUGCUCCGGCGGUGCCGUGGCAGCAGGAGGCCCCAUUAGCUAAAGUGGUACCUCAGGUUAAGAACAGUUUCAGGUUAAGUACGGACCUCCGGAACUAAUUAAGUACUUAACCUGAGGUACCACUGUAGUUUCCUCAAUAUUCAAACCAGAAGCUGCUAAUUCUCCACUCUAUGGAGUUUGAUACAACUGUCAUGCACAUUUCUUGGACAAUGCAUAGACAUGCCCCAUUUCUAUUAUUUUAAAAUGGCUCUGCACUCUUAAUGGCUAACAAAAGCAGUCAUAUCACAUGUUAGGAAAGGAUCAGACAAUCCCUGCUUUUGGAAUGUAUUUUUAGAAAUAUAUAAAUUGCUUGCUACUAGCAUUGUCACUGCUGGUGCAAUUAUACUGCUAACAAGUUUUUUUUAAAUAAAAAAAUCACCUGGGGGAGAAUUAAUUUUCAGGUGCUUGGAAAAUCUUCAAUACAUGGGUUAUUAAUGAUGCAUUUUCUUUGAAAUUUGCUGUUUUUGAACUUGCAUUUUUUAAAAAAAACAAUAAAGUGACACUUCACCACUA